GUUGUGAGAACCACAGAGCCUGCAGAUGUGAGCCGGGAGCCCCAAGGCCCUGUGACAGAGCUCAAAGAGCCCUGGGCCUGCUUCCCUGGCCCGGCUGUGCUUGAGAGGGCUGCCCAGUCGGGGAUCCCUAAGGCACAGAUCUCCUGUCCGACAGGUGUACAAACUGCUGACCACAGGCAGAUACGGAGCUACCCAAAGCGACACCGAGAGCCUCUGUCUGAAGAUUCUCCCAGGCCUGGAAGGUUCUGGGUGCCCUAGGACUAAGGAUGUUGGCAGACUUCCAGAAGGGGCCCCCAAAGCCCUAAUCUCUCUGGCAGAAGCAUGUGUCUAAGCUGAGCCCCCGCCCCAAGCCUCCGAUGGCAGGAAACCAAUUUCUCUCAGCGAUGUGCUUCUGAGAGUUCUGCUGAGGAACGAUGGGAAGUCAGCCCAGCAGAGGGAAAGCCCUGCGGAGCCCGAGCCUGAGCCCAAGCCCAAGCUCCUCUGUCCAAGGCCAGGGCCCUGUGCCCGCGCAAGCAGACAGGAGCAGGGCCACAGCUGUGGCCCUGGGCAGUUUCCCGGUAGGUGAGCAGGCAGAGCUGUCACUGAGACUGGGGGAGCCACUGACCAUCGUCUCUGAGAAUGGAGACUGGUGGAUGGUGCUGUCGGAAGUCUCAGGCAGAGAGUACCUCAUCCCCAGCGUCCAGGUGGCCAAGAUCUCCCAUGGGUGGCUGUAUGAGGGCCUGAGCCGGGAGAAAGCUGAAGAACUGCUGCUGCUGCCUGGAAACCGUGGAGGGGCCUUCCUCAUCCGGGAGAGCCAGACCAGGAGAGGCUUUUACUCCCUGUCAGUCCGCCUCAGCCGCCCUGCAUCCUGGGACCGGAUCAAACACUACAGGAUCCAGCGCCUUGACAACGGCUGGCUGUACAUCUCGCCACGCCUUACCUUCCCCUCACUCCAGGCCCUGGUGGACCAUUACUCUGAGCUGGCGGAUGACAUCUGCUGCCUCCUUAAGGAGCCCUGUGCCCUGCGGAGGGCUGGCCCACUCCUUGGCAAGGCCAUACCCCUACCUGUGACUGUACAGACGACGCCACUCAACUGGAAAGAGCUGGACAGCUCCCUCUUGUUCUCUGAAGCAUCUGCCACAGGAGAAGCGUCUCUCCUCAGCGAGGGGCUCCGGGAGGCCCUCAGCUCCUACAUCAGCCUGACUGAUGACACCUCCUUGGACGGCAAGGCCCAAAGCAGAGGCCAAAAGAAGAACCAAGGUUGCAGCACCUAGAGCACCAACCAGCUCAGCCUGAGCACCCCAGAGGCAAGGCUGUACACUGGGGAGGCUGGGACAGAGGCACAUCCUGGGUGCCACCUGCAUCCUCUGCUCCUUCCUCUCAGCCCUAAGUCACUUAACCUCCUCCCAGGGCCAUGACCCUGCCUGCAACCUGCAUUUCAAGUCCAGACCAGUUGAGAGCAGGGCCAGGGCUCCAAAAACAGACUGAACCUCCUCUGGGGUCUGACGGAGUCAAUUCCCAAGUUUGGGAUUUCCAGAACCAUCUUCCUCCCUUGCCUGUUGAGUCCCAUUCUACACCCCCACUGCUAACCAGCCUCACCCACAUGAUAGAAACCACCACUAGCAUCAGGAGAAAAACAUCAUUUAAAGAAAAUUUACAAGUCUCACUCAGACUACCACCAUACUUCAGAAGGUAGGACUGUGGCCUAGAAGGGACAGGAAAGCAGAGGGGAUGGACGGCUUACCAUAGCAGCAGAACCUGGGCUCUCCAGCCUCCACCUGACUCCCAGAGCAAAGAGAAGGACCUCUGACAGUCCAGGUCCUCAAAUGUCCACAUCAAGCCCCUUCUCUGCACAGUCCUAGCUCUCAGAUCUCUAUUUCAUUUUGUGGCUUAUCAUUUGAACCUGGCCAAGCUUUCCUAAGUACAAUGGCCUUGCCUCUUGUGGCGAAAUGCAAAAUGACACCUUCUGAGCCCAGCACCUUGCAGUGAGGUUAAUCACAGUUCUCAUUGCUGGGCAGGGGCAUCAGGGCAUGAGAAGGUGGUGAGCCCUCUCUCCACAAAGCCAAGGCCACAGCCUAAACCAACUCUAGCCUUUGAUUUCCCUGCUGCCCAUAAAGGGAAAGAGGCCUGGCUGAAGCUACUGAAGGAAGCAGGGAGAGGAAGAGGGAAAAGGGAUGGGAGGGCACCAUCUCUACUGGGUCCUGAGGCUAGAGGUGAGG